CAUUGAGAAAUCAUUCAGGAUACGGAACAGAACAGAAAGGGAAAACACUUUGAAGAUUGAAGAGAGAAAGAAAAAGACGAAGAAUUUGCCGCCAUAAAAGCCAAUGCUUUGUUCCGCCAAGUCCUUCUGUCCUCCUCUCACAACCCCACUAGUCCAAUUUAGCCGAACCCUUCUUCAUGGCUCUCGAUUUCACACUUUACUUCGAUCACUCCAUUUCCCGCGGAUUCCUUAUCCACCCAUCACUUGGAAGACCCUCAAUCGAAGAAGCACCCUUUUAGAACUCUGUUAUUCUUCAUCCAAUUCCCUGUCAUCUGCCUCGCCGGACGAUGAUUCCAGCGUCGAGUUGGGUCGGUUGCUGGCGAUACUACCGGAGGAGAUGCGACAGAGGAUUAGCAACCAUCCAGAGUUACACCAGUUGAUUGAAGUUGUCAUGGAUUUGGGUCGGAAGCCCUUAGCUAGGUUCCCUUCGGGGGAUUUCAUUUUAUCUGAUAACCCAAUCACCGCAGAUGAUGUUUCUAAUGCCACUUCCAUGGUUGGUGAAUUCGCGGUUGAUAAUCGAGCAGGGAUCAGCAGAACCUUACACCGGAUUAGUGCCAUCAGAAACCGUAAGGGUGUCAUUAUUGGGAUAACAUGUCGUGUUGGAAGAGCAAUAUCUGGAAGUGCCAACUUACUGCGAGAUUUGAUCAAAGAUGGAGGUUCUUUGUUGCUUAUAGGGCCUCCCGGAGUAGGAAAAACUACUAUCAUAAGGGAUAUAGCUAGAAUGCUUGCAGAUGAUUACAACAAACGCGUAAUGAUUGUUGACACCUCUAACGAAAUAGGAGGGGAUGGUGAUAUACCCCAUUCCGGAAUUGGUUAUGCUCGCAGAAUGCAAGUUCCCCAUUCCGAAAUGCAACAUAAGGUAUUGAUAGAAGCAGUUGAGAAUCAUAUGCCACAAGCGAUUGUUAUUGACGAAAUUGGCACAAAGCUUGAAGCCAUGGCUGCAAGCACCAUUGCCCAAAGGGGGAUUCAGCUAGUGGCAACGGCUCAUGGAAUUACAAUAGAGAAUUUGAUUAUGAAUCCUGCAUUAGAAAUGCUUGUUGGAGGAGUACAGAGUGUGACAUUAGGUGAUGAAGAGGCAAGCCGAAGGGGUGUUCAAAAAACAGUGCUGGAGAGAAAAGGACCUUCCACGUUUAGUUCAGCAGUUGAGCUGAUUUCAAAAUCUGAGCUGCGUGUUCAUCGCAAGCUUGAAGAAACAGUCGAUGCUGUUCUUUCCGGUCGCUUCCCUAAGUUCGAAGUUCGCAAGACGAAUCAGGUGUUGAAAGAUGACAACGAAGAAAUGGAUCAUUUUAAUGACGCUCAAUGGGAUGAUGACAGUACUGAGCAUUCUUUCGAAGAUUUUCCAGUAAUCAAUGACGAGAGACUCGUGGAAAGUGAAAAUCCUGAAAUGUCUCAGGUUGUGGGAGAAACAGAUGGAGAAGCUCUUCAAAUAUUUAUCUAUGGGAUAUCAGAAACAAGUGUUCUACAAGGGUUCAAACAAGUUAAGAUGAAUAGGGCGGUUAAAAUAAGCGAUAAUAUCAGCGAAGCAGAUGCUCUACUUGCCUCGCAAACCAAGCUGAAGAAAAAUCCCAGAAUUCAAACGGCUGCAGAGUCACGAGGCAUACCCAUAUAUGUCAUGAAGACAACCUCAUUGACACAACUGACAAAGGCUCUAAGCGCUUUAGUUUCCGAUCAUAUGGAUGGAGCAACUAAGGAUGCCGAUAAAGAUGAUGAAUCGGAAAAUGAGAUGAAUAUUUUAGAACGGAUGGACGCAUUAGAGGAGGCAAGGAUAGCCAUUGAGCAAGUAAUAAUUCCAAAAGGUGAACCAGUUGAGCUUCUGCCUAGGGCUUCAAGCAUCAGGUCACUUCAGAAGGAGUUAAUUUGUAAAUACAAUUUACAAUGUGAGCGAGUUGGUUUGGAUCCAGAUGCUAGGCUUCGAAUUCUUCCUUUUCACGGUUCAGUUGCCAAUGCAGACGACAAUGCUUCGAGUGCAAGUGAAUUUGAAGACUUAUUCAAUCCCGAUACAGAGAUAAAUGGUUCGCCAUAUAUCGUAGUCAAUCGGCUGCCUCUUCUGCCUGAAUAAGUUGUAGAAUACAUUGCCAAAUGGUGUCACAUUUGUUCUAUCUAGACUAUAUUUGAAAUGUAAAAUCGAAAAUCAGCUAAAUAAUCUAUGAUCAAAUGUAGAAGACACUCGGGCAUCUUCAAAUUCAUCGGACCUAGGAUAUAUUCUCAUAAGGGC